AUGGAGCUGAUCUCUGCUUGUGAACGGACCAUGGCUGUGGUAGACUUGGAUUCUAUUGCGUCGCGACUAACCUCCACGUCUGAGAAUGUAACUGCGGGGACAGCGGCUGGCGUGUCUGCGGCAACAAGGUUUCUGCUUUUACUCUUGUGUUUACUGCUGGUGGCCUGGGGUCACUCAGACAAGAGACGAGUACCAGGUCCAUAUUUCUGUCUGGGACUGGGGCCGCUUUUGUCAUACAUGAGAUUUAUUUGGACAGGCAUAGGCACAGCCAGCAAUUACUACAACGAUAAAUAUGGUGACAUUGUGAGAGUUUGGAUUGACGGAGAAGAGACGCUCAUUCUCAGCAGAGCUUCGGCAGUGCAUCAUGUUCUCAAGCAUGAACAUUACACCUCACGGUUUGGGAGCAAGUUAGGACUCAGCUGCAUCGGGAUGAACGAGAGGGGCAUUAUAUUUAACAACAACGUCACCCAGUGGAAAAAGAUACGGACUUAUUUCACCAAAGCCCUUAUUGGCCCGGGCCUUCAGCAGAACUUGGAGGUGUGCAUCUCGUCUACACAGAACCACUUGGACCACUUGAGGAAAGCUGCUGGAACCUAUGGUUUGACAAACGUGGAUGUUCUCAGUCUGUUGCGCUGCACUGUAGUAGACAUCUCCAAUCGGCUGUUUUUGGACGUCCCCUUCAAUGAAAAGGAGCUGAUGCAAAAGAUUUUAAAGUAUUUCGACACAUGGCAGACGGUCCUGAUCAAACCCGAUGUCUACUUUAAGUUUGACUGGAUUCACCGGAAGCACAAAGCAGCAGCCAAGGAGCUUCAAGAUGCCAUCGAGAGCCUCGUGGAGCACAAAAGAAGAGAAAUGGAGCAAGCGGAUAAACUGGACCACAUCAAUUUCACCGCGGAGCUCAUAUUGGCACAGAAUCGUGGUGAACUUUCUGCUGAAAACGUGAGGCAGUGCGUGCUGGAAAUGGUGAUCGCUGCACCUGACACGCUGUCUGUCAGCCUCUUCUUCAUGCUGCUGCUUCUCAAACAGAAUCCAGGGGUAGAGCUUCAGCUGCUCCAGGAGAUCGACAACGUCAUAGGAGAAAGAGUCCUGCAAAAUGAUGACCUUAACAAGCUGCAAGUUUUGGAGAGUUUCAUCAACGAGUGCUUGCGUUUCCACCCGGUGGUUGAUUUCACCAUGCGUCGCGCACUGUCUGAUGACAUCAUUGACGGCUACAGGGUCCCCAAGGGCACCAAUAUCAUUCUGAACACUGGCCGCAUGCAUCGCACAGAGUUCUUCCCCAAGCCCAAUGAACUGAGUCUGAAGAAUUUUGAAAAGAAUGCUCCACGACGGUAUUUCCAGCCAUUUGGAUCCGGUCCACGUGCCUGUGUGGGCAAACACGUCGCUCUGGUCAUGAUGAAGUCCAUCCUGGUGACUCUGCUGUCGCAGUAUUCUGUGUGCCCCCACGAGGGUUUGACCCUGGACCGCCUCCCCCAAACUAACAACCUCUCCCAGCAGCCUGCGGUGCACCAGCAAGAAAGCCCGUGUCUCACGAUGGCGUUCUUGCCCAGAAAAAGAGGAAACUGGCACUGA